ACAAGGUCUCUGCCUCAACUCAAAACUUCAACCUUCUCCAUCUACACAUCAUCAACAUCAUGACAACACAUAUUUUGAACCUUGCUCUGCUGCUGUCACUGUAUAUGUGUCAUGUGGGCAUGGCUGUAGAAAGAAACAUGCUGGAGACAGCAACUGAAGUCGGGUCAGACUGUGUUCUUGAAUGCACCGCCAAAUACACGCCCGGUGUUCAGUACAGAGCAGUCAGGUGGUACAAGGUCGAAGAGUCCUCUCAACUCUCAGGCCUUUUGACCAAAGACCUCCCUAACGGCACGACGAGAUGGUACACCGGCGUGGACCGAGAGGUGGACCUGCUGGGCGAGACCCGGAACAUCCUCCUGCCCAACGUGACGUGCGCAGACAGGGGCGUGUAUGUCUGCCACCUGGCAGCACCUGUGGGCGAGCAGAACCGGGAGGGCCAGGUGGUCCUCACUCUGACAGAUUGUGUCGACAGCUCCACAGAAGCAGUCAUAAUGGCUGACACUUUCUUGGUCAUUUCCGCCUCGGUGGUGCUGAUGCUUGCACUUGUGAUUUUUUUCAUAAGCUAUGGCAGUUUGAAGAAAAUCCUCAGACGCCAAACAAACAAGACGCCAAAAAAAGAAACUUUAUUGGAUGCUCCGCUCAAACCGCUUGAAAAAAAGGACUUAAAGUUGAUCUACAUGUUGGGUCCUAAAGUGUCUAAAUCAUCCACAGUGAAGAAUAUCUGCGUUUAAAGACAAAGAUGGUGCUGGAAAGAUGGUGCAGGAGGAACGAACGACCAGGAAGACCCACAGAAUAGCUUCUUUUCUUACUUCAUCUAUUACUUGUCCUCAAUGUUUGAGUUAAAAUCAUCACCUUCAAUUUAUAAAACCACCUGCAGCCUUAUCACUAGGACUUUAAAGGAUAAUCCCUCCAGAACAAUCAAGUUUAGCUGCACAACCAGUUAAUCCCAAUCAAAGACUUCUAUUAAAUUUUUGCCCCCCCUCCCCCCCCCCUGUAAAUCUUCAGUAGAGGACAAGGACCAACUUGUAGGAAAAUCUUAAGAAGCUAAAAUCAAUGUGGACUCAGAGCGGGCUCUUCCCCCGAGACUAGACAGCCAGACAGCAGAGAGAGAUGUCCAGCAAUCUGGUGUAAAUGGACGGGGUGCUGGUCACAGGGUUGCCCGUGGCUCAGGAGGUGGACUGGAUGCUGAGAGGUUAGGAGUUCGAACCCGGGCUCCUCCUGUGCAUGUGUUCUUGGGCAAGACAUCGAGCCCCGAAUUGCUGAUGGUCAGGCCGGCGCUUUGAAUGGUGGCUGCCAUCAGUGUGUAGAUGCUAACCCAUGUAAGCCAGUCCAACCUACUAUAUUUAUGUAGCACAUUUUACAAAUUGUAGGGAUGACUGAAGUGUUGAACAGAACGAAAUAAGCUUAUCUGAAGGGGUGCUAAAGCACUGCUUGUAGCUUUUGCUGAUCAGCGGCCUCAGGCCACAACUAGCAAUUACAGGAUGGUGGUUUAAUUACAGGUGUAUCAGUAGUAGAGAUGCAACACAUUCUCACUUUUAACUUGUCAAAUAUCAACGUCAGUGGCUCUAAACAUUAAACUGUGAGGCUCAGGGACGGCGUGUCAGUUUAUGCUACUACAUGCAUUGUGUCUUUUCAAAAUAUACUUUUGUUUUCACAGGAAAUGUUCAGUUUCUGCUAGUUUAAUGCAGUCUUUUUAAAAAUGAACUCAGAACUUAGGUUAAUCUCCUUGUGUUUAGGCAACAAAAGCACAUGGUUUGGCUUAAAAUAAUUACAUUCACUAACGUAACUUAAAGUCAAGACUCGUGGUUUCGUUCAGGACAGGAGCAGCAACCUUCCAGGUGAUCCGGAGUUUGUUUGACCGGUCCACCUCAUCUCCUUCCUGGCGCCUUGCUCUUAAUACUACAACAGUUUUUUGGAGAGUCAGAAAAUGUCACUGCCUGAUCAACCCAGUCUCAUUCCAAAGUUGUCAAAUAAUGCCUCAGAUACAGACGAAAAAAAAAAACAGGCAUCCUUUCACAGCGUAUGAUACGUAGUCGGGUGGUAUCAGUUAAUAAUGCCAUCAAACGGCGUCAGUUUAAAAUGCUGUCGACCAAUAGCGUAAUUUCAAAAUUUAGGGAGUCUGUAGAGGGUGGUUGAAGGGGUGAUGGGUAGGUCCAACAACACUGGACUUUCACCCAGGAAGUCAGCGUUUGCUUCCUGCAUGAAAAACCUAACCACGUGCGUUUGUUGCUCAAUGAAAUCAAAGUAAAUACGCUGCAUUUUACUGAUGUUGUUAGUUUGUUUUGAAAAAGACUGUAUGCAUCUAACGAGCGGAGAGUAUACAUUUUCUCUGAAAGUGUAAGUGUAUACUGAGAAGAUGUCCCAAAACAACAGAUGUACCCAGGAUACCUAGCACCUCAUAUGUAGACGUGACAGUCCACUGACAAAGCGCUGAUAUGUGACGAGUUUGGAGUGAGAAUUUGUUGUUCCAGUUUGUCUGCGCUGCUAAAGAGUGCCUUUGUGUCAAAAGCCACUGACCAGCCAUCAUUAUUUGAUGAGCUGGGAGUGAGACCAGGUUGUAAAAUUUUACAAAGUUAUGUUAACUAAAUGCCAAUUUAUGGAUUUUUCCUCCGCAACAACUGAGCAAGAUCCAUCUGAAUAUAAUCUGCUGAUAAAGGCCGUGAGAUGUGUUUGAAAAGGUUCGUAAGUCGACUUUUGAGUUAAGAUGGUUUGGUCAACCUACCUAAGUCUGUGAAAUCUGUGAACUUAAGGAGCAAUGUAAGGUUAGCUAAUGCUAGUGACUCAGACUGUAGCAGCAAAACCUGUGAAGUGAGCAGUGGUGCAUUUAAUGUUUGCCGUGUCAAAGACAGAUUGUUUUAUUUCUUCUUUCAAACGCUGCAUCAUUUAACUUUUAUCAUAUCAGUGGCCGCGGUGCUUUUUGUGCUCCUUGAGCUCCGACUCAUCACAACAGAUCGUUUCUUUAUUUUAUAUAUUUUUUCAUGUUUCUUUAUUUUAUUUCUUUGUUUUUGUCCGGAUCCAGGAUUUUAAAAUAAAUGUCCAGCUGAAUUGCAGGAAGCUGUAUGUGUAAACAGGGAUGUGUUUGUUUAUCUUGUUGUCAGAACUGAAGAGUAAGACGAAUGAAAGAGGACAGUGGUCAGAGUUACCAUCAGGUCACUGUGUCCUGAUAAAGGAGGAGUUUCAGAAUGAGGUGAAUGCUGUUAAAGUGACUGAUAGAGAAUCUAGAAAAGCCCUAAGGAUUAUAGGAGCCACUAUGGACUGUAUGUCUUUUACUAUGUUGGUAUUUUGGAUUUUAAUUGUUUUAUUUUAUUGAUCUACUUGUGGACAAGAAGCUAGAUGGGUAAGAAACACUUUGUGCACUGGCAUGUAGCAGGUAUGAGACAACAUAGUCUCAGUAUCUUCAUUCUGUAUUUCUAUAUCAUCAAGUAACAGGUUAAAAAACUCCAGACUGUGACACUGUGCGCAGCAGUGAGAAGUGAACCUUGAUGAUCUUUUAAAAGGAAGAACUAAAGUACACUUCUGCUUAGUGCUAUAUUUACUUUCAUCUGACCUUUAUUUUUACACAUAGGGGAAAGCCCAGAGAGCGACUGUCUGUUUUUUAUUAAUAAUGUAGCACUUCUCCUUUGACCCACUGAUGAAAGCUAUGAGACAGACUUUUCUUAGGGGAACAACACAGAUAUAAAUAAGAUAAAAUCAUGUUUUAUGUUUGCGCUCAUGUCGUCAUGGUCACAUCCUGCUGCAGGCUGAUCUGCUUUUUUCUGGUUCAGUUUGAAGCAUGUAUGUGUUUUUGUUUUGUGACAUAAUGUAAAUGAUUGAAGAAUUUUAAGCUCAAGAAAACCAAGGAAUGAACAGAGGAGGAGAGAGAAAAACAAUGACUGAAAAGUUUGUAAUGUUUGCUGUAGGACUUCAGAUUCUCAGGGUGGUGAACUUCCCUGCUGAUGACACCUUAUGUCCGUAGACGGAUCUUGUUUUUAUGUUUGAGUAUUACAGGUUAGAGAGUUGACUGUGAAAAAAAGCUUCUCAUAUUGAACUUGUCUGAAGACAUUUUAUAGUCUCUAUGAGGCUGUGUUUCCUUAGUGUUUUUCUUUUGUUAUCCUAAAUAUAAGUUUUGUUUUUGGUGCAACUUUGGUUUGUUUUUGUGCAGUGCACAUUUGAGAUAAUAAACUUUUAAACAAA